CAUGUUUUUAUUGUUUGUUGUUUGUUUAGUUUCAGUAAGCUGGCUAAAAUGCUGUUAAAGUGCAAAUAUAUUUAUGAAGUAUUUUGAGUGCUUCGAGACAAGGAAGAGGGAUUUUUGUGACAACAAAAUGUCAUAAAAGAAAGGAUUAUAUCUUUGCUUUGGCGGCCAUCUUGGGUUACUUUUGGGUCAGAAAAAGAGGACAAAUUAUUCAUCAAAAUCCCUGACCGACUGACCGUGAGCCACCUGCUCAACUCCUCUCACUUCCCACAUCCCCACCAGAGUCUAAUCUAACCCCCCCAAACACCUCGGCCCUCCCACAGACCGUCUCCUGCACACCGAGUUCCUGCUCAUCCAUUAUCACUCGCUGACAGGCUCCACUUCAGCACCCAGCAGGUGUAUCGUUCGCUGAAGUUUAUCUCUUUUGGAGUGUCUGGGAAGAAACAUACAUCAAGGUGAACAUUUWUAAGGUCGGAGGUGGCAGCAGGGUGUGAGAAUGUCGCACAUGCCUCGUCUUUUUCUGCUCCUCCUGUUGGGAGUCAGUGCAGCCAGCAUUCUCACAGCACAAGCAUCAUGGAGAGGAGACAACAGAGAGUCUGGUCCUGCUGUCCAUCCUUCUAAUGAUGACUACGAGUGGACCACYUGGUUCAAUGUUGACCACCCUGGAGGCCGUGGAGACUACGAGCAGCUGGAUGCCAUUCGUUUCUAUUACCGUACCCGAGUGUGCGAGACCCCUCAGGCAAUCGAAGCAAGAACCACAGACUGGGUCUCGGCGCGAGAAACUGGYGAAGUUGUCCACGCAGACCCAACUGUAGGAUUCUGGUGCCUCAAUGAGGAGCAAAUUCCUGGACGCAACUGCUCCAAUUACGCCGUUCGUUUUCUUUGUCCUAAAGCAGAGAGAGCUUUGAACGUUCAGGGAAAGUGGGGUCUGUGGUCAGGCUGGAGCCCAUGUCCUGCCCUCUGUGGCCAAGUGGGUGUGCAGCUUCGCUAUCGAAGCUGCCAGUCCCAAUCCGUGACUUGCAGUGGYCCUAAAAUAGAAGGGAAACCAUGCAAUGGACCAGAGUGUGUAAAGACAGACUGUUCCUUACAGUGUGUGAUGGGGAAAGUCAAUGCUGACUGUGAUGCUUGCAUGUGUGAAGAGCAUAUUCUUCUGGGUUCUGUACGCCGUGCAGGAGGUCUGAUUGCUGAUGGGGCUACCAUCCUUAACUCGGGCAAAUUCCUCACUCUAACAGACCACAACGGUCAUUUCCGCAUCCCUGGUAUCUGCCCCGAUGGCAACACAACCUUAAAAGUCAGCCUGCGGGGCCAUGCCCCCCUUAGCGUUGUUGUGCCCGCCAGCUCUGAGCYGACCUCGGUCCUCAGUGUGCAGCUAAAAAGAGCUGAAAAGCUUCAUGUCAUAAGUAACCCUGAGAGCAAGGUCAGGAGGGAGGGACAAAGUGCUGCUUUCUGCUGCAAAGUGACUGGAACACCAGAGCCUGACAAGUAUCAGUGGUUUCARAACAACAGUCUUCUGGAAAUCCAUUCCGCGAGCACAUUGGUCCUAAAAGAUUUACGUUCUGAGCAGGCAGGAGAGUACUACUGCAGAGCAAGUAAUCCAUCUGGAGGUAUCAAGACUAAACCAGCCAUUCUCAAAAUCAUAGGAAGAGACGAGCCCACGUGUAACCCAAAGCCUGAAUCGCACCUCAUCCAUCUUCCACAUGACUGCUACCAAAACGGCACCAACUCCUACUACGAUGUGGGCAAAUGCCCCUCAAGUGCAUGUGCUGGACAACUGGACAAUAGUAUCAGGUGCAAAGACAAAGUGGCUUACUGCUGUGGGGUGGCAAAGAUGGAGGAGAGGCAGCUAAUGUGCCAGGGCUACCAGCUGCCCACCAUGGUGGUGACAGAGUGUGGCUGUCAGAAAUGUGUGGACACCAAGGCCAUUGUGCAUGGCAGGGCGAUCGCUGCUGACAAUGGUGAGCCAAUUAGGUUUGGUCAUAUCUUCAUGAARGGAGUCAGAAUCAGCCGCACGGGCUACAAAGGCACCUUCUCCAUUCAGGUUCCUCCAGGCACCGAAAGGCUGGUGCUAACUUUCGUAGACAACAUGCACAAAUUUGUCAACACCACCAAGGUACUUUCAUUUAACCCAAAGGGUGGGGCUGUUUKUCACGAGAUCAAACUGUUACGAAAAAAAGCUCCUGUGACCAUCGACCCUUCAGAAACCAAUACAUUAGAGCUUGGGGAAGAAGGGGGCCAGGAGGCAAUGGUCCAGAUCCAGAUUCCKCCUAAUUCUUUUUAUAAGGAAAACGGAGAAGUUUUCACUGGUAACGUCAAUGCAAGUGUUACAUUUCUAGACCCCAGAGAUGUCUCCACAACUGCUGCUGCUCAAAGUGAUCUCAGUUUCAUAGGAGACACAGGUGACGUCCUGCCACUGAGAACCUAUGGCAUGUUUUCAGUAGACUUCAGAGGUGAGGAAAACAACGAACCCCUUAAUGCAGGGGAGGUGAAGGUGUUCCUGGAUUCGGCUCAGGUAAAGAUGUCUGAGCACCUCGACACCAUGAAGCUYUGGUCUUUGAAUCCUGAAACAGGCCUCUGGGAGGAGGAGGGAAGCCUGCAUCUGGAGAAAAAAAAGAGAGGCAAAAGAGAAGAGAGAACGUUUCUGAUUGGAAACAUGGAGAUCAGAGAGAGACGUCUGUUCAACCUGGACGUGCCAGAGAACCGCAGGUGUUAUGUGAAAGUGAGGGCUUUUCGAAGCGAGCGCUUUAUGCCUAGCGAACAGGUAGAGGGAGUUGUAAUGAGUCUCAUAAACAUGGAACCAACACCUGGUUUCUCCUCAAAUCCACGUGCCUGGGGUCGAUUUGAUAGUGUUGUUACUGGUCCAAAUGGUGCCUGUCUUCCUGCCUUCUGCGAUGAACAAAAACCUGAUGCUUAUUCUGCAUAUGUGAUGGCCAACCUUGGAGGGGAAGAACUGGAGGCUGUCUCGUCUGRUCCCAAACUCAAUCCAGGCCUUAUUGGAGUACCACAGCCUUACCUGGYAAAACUCAACUACAGGCGGACUGACCAUGAAGACCCCAAAGUGAAGAAGACUGCAUUCAGUAUCAAUGUGGCAAAACCAAGCCCCAAUGUAGCCGAGGAAGCAAAUGGACCAGUGUACGCAUUUGAGAAAUUGAAAGAAUGUGAGGAGGCUCCAUUCAGUGCGGCUCACUUCCGGUUUUCACGAGUUGAAGGAGARCGUUAUGAUUACAACACGGUGCCGUUCAAUGAGGAUGACCCAAUGAGCUGGACAGAGGACUACCUGAGCUGGUGGCCCAAACCUAUGGAAUACAGAGCCUGCUACAUCAAGAUCAAAAUUCACAGCCCACAUGAAAUCAAUGUGCGGUCUCGCAACAUGGGUGGCACCCAUCCAAAAACRGUAGGUCAGCUUUAUGGCCUUAGAGACACUCGCAGCAUCCGUGACAUGGAUCAUGCAAAUGUUUCAGCCGUGUGCCUCGAGUUCAAGUGCAGUGGGAUGCUGUUUGAUCAGGAUCGUGUAGACCGUACCCUGGUGAAAGUGAUCCCUCAGGGAAGCUGUAAGAGAAACCACGUAAACGCACUGCUUCAGGAUUAUCUGGUGAACCACCUGCCCRUAGCUGUCAACAAUGACACCAGUGAGUUCACAAUGCUGGCACCUCUUGACUCUCUGGGCCACAACUAUGGAAUCUACACAGAGACAGAUCAGGAUCCCCGAAUGGCGAAGGAGAUGGCUCUCGGGCGAUGCUUUGAUGGCACCUCUGACGGCACAUCUCGGGUCAUGAAGACCAGCGAGGGCGUAGCGCUGACUUUCAGCUGUGGGGACCGUGAGGUGACACGUCAGAGUGUCUUUCAAGCUCUUCAAAGUUCUCAGAGACAGAUGGUCACGAGUGUUGUGAGAGGAGAAAGCAGAAAAACCAGACGCCGGCAGAGGGCCAACACAUCCCGCAGCAGCCGUAAACGUAGCACAGGAAGGUAAAUGCAAGUCUGAAGCUACACAACGCCACAGUUAAGGGCUCUACAUGAAAACCAGUUGGAACAACUACAGUUAGAYCUGAAAAUAAUUGGACACUGAGCCAGUUUUUGCAUUUAGCCUUUAUACCAAAACAUAAAAGUUUCAGAGGUAAUGAAAAUAGUUUUGAUACACGUGCAGUUUGAAUCUGCAGUUUAAUAUUUGGUUUGAAUUGAUGGCUUGCAUUUUUUAAAAUUAUACAAAGUUCUUUCUCAGGAAGCACAGCUGUAAAUUAAAAAAAAACUAAAACAAAUUUCUUUUGGAAAGAUUGCUCRACAGACAUGGAAACCUGAAGUCUGAAAACAAAACAAAUGAGUGUCUUCCCUUGUGAUGGUUUGCCAGCACUUUCUGCAGUGCCUUUCCAUUCUAUAAGCUCUUGUGCCAACAAUUACCAGGAAGUGAAACACUACCUGGUAACGAUCAUGUGAGUGACUCAGCUAAAGUGUUCUCCUUUAAAAACUUGUAUUGCAGGUACUUUGGAUUAUUUUCAGUCUGUACUGUGAAGUCAGCUUUUGCUACAUUUGACUGACUGAGCAGAAAGAAAAUCUGAGCUUUUGGUGCUUCUGUUCAGUCACAGGAGUCGUGACCCAGAGAUGUUGAAAGCCAUACAGGCUGAUGCUUUUCCAAGCAUCCCAGUGUUAUCCCAUUAUUGAAUUGCUGAUUUAGGUUUCAUUCAUUCCAGGUGUUAUUUAAAAACUUGUCUGACUUUAUGUUUUUUUUUUUUUUUUUUCAAAUUUUAAUCCAAAUAAAAGUGGUUUCUUUAGUUUUG